GAUGAACAAUCAGACUGGAGAUCUCACCAUCACAAACAUCAGAGCUGAACAUGCUGGAUCUUAUACACUAGAGAUCAUCACUGGAGAUGAGCAGACGAUCAAGAGUUUCAAUAUUACUGUUACUGUUGCAUAUGUUGUUGACGCAGGUAAAGUAAAGUCAGUGUCAGUGAUGGAGGGACAUUCUGUUACUCUACACACCGAUUUCACUGACAUACAGACAGAUGACAAGACCGAGUGGAGAUUUAAAAACAUCCGCAUCUCCAGAAUCAAGAGAUCAUUCAAUAUUAAUCCUCUAUAUUAUAAUGAUGAGACUGAGAUAUUCAGAGACAAACUGAAGAUGAACAAUCAGACUGGAGAUCUCACCAUCACACACAUCACAUCUCAACACUCUGGACUUUAUCAACUAGAGAUCAUCGCUGGAGAUAAGCGGACGAUCAAGAGUUUCAACAUUACUGUUACUGCUACCAGUACCGUCAGUAUAAGUGAAUCUACACAAACUCCAUUGUCAACAGAAAGUUCCAGUGUGUCAGAUAAAGUGAAAACAGAUUCAGCGAUGGAGGGAAUUUCUGUCACUCUACACAUCGUGCAUGAAAGUUCUAGUGUGCCAGAAGACCCCACACAACCAGGGAAAACAAUGAUCUACUGUUGUGUUGUUGUUGGAUGUGUGAUGAAUGUAGCGGCACUUUUGAUGUUUUGCAUCUGCGGGAAACACUCAAACACACAACGACACGAUCAGACCAAUGAAGAUGAGAUCACUUACACAAAUCUAACAUUCUACCAAGAAAACAAACAGCCAAAGGAAUUCAUGGACUUCCUUGACAGGCAAGCUGAAUCAGAAAUGACAGAGGUGGUGUAUACAUGUUACAACAUUAGAAAGGAUCGAUCUCGUCUGCUAUCUGACCAAUGAUGCACUGACCACAGGAACUACAUCUGUUUUUAUCGUUUGUUAUGAUCUUGCACGUUGUAGCUUUUUUAUUUGGUCUAACAUGAAUAAACCA